CACAACCACCGGGCGCGAUCUUGAAAAACUUACCUUCUCACGCCAGAUACCCUUCUACAGUUCACAAUGACGCGCGACUCGACAGCGACAUACCUGCACAUGCAUCAGUCUCACCACGCCGACCUUCUCGAGCAGUUCACAAACCUCACAUCCUCACAACUUGCACCAGAAGACAUCUACAUUCCCCCGCAUCUACAACCUGUCAAUCCGGAAGACGAAGACGACGUAGUCCCCGACCAACAUGCUGCGUUCGGCAUCCAACGCGCGACGCAGACUAAGAAGGAGCCUACAUGGCGCGAUCUCGGACUUGACGAAUUGCUGAGACGUGGGCCUAGAGAAGCAUUGGCACAGAGUGGCAGCGGUGGUACAAGCAGUGGUGCUGGAGUCAGCGCUGGAGGCGUAGCCCAAGGUAGGCACGAUGAGCCGGUGCGACUGGCGUUGAGGAGACAGCCGGGUGCGAGAGGCGCAGGUGUGCGGCCAGCGCAAGGAGGGAGUGAAAUGCAUGCUGGUGGCGGUGGACCUGGUAAUGGGCUGCCGCGAUGAAUGCAGAGGCAGCACAGCACAGCACAUACACCUCGCGAAUCCGACGUCUGGUCUUAAUGUCGCGUCAUCUCACCCCCACAUGUCGCGGAGCCGACCCCGCAACACCACAAGGCCAUUAAACGUCAUUGUCGUCUACGGAACCGACUAGCGAAUACCAAAAGGAAUGGGACAUGGCAUCACCAUUGGUAUGCAAUGCAAGUAAGAACCAUGCGAUGAUGCGAUUCUUGACCUUUAUUGCCUGAGCAACGGUAGACCAGUUAUGGGCA